AUGGAAGUCACUGGGCUUCAGGCAAUCCGUGUGGAAUAUCUCCCACCAAAUGCAACUGCAGUUUUACAGCCAAUGGAUCAGGGGAUAAUCAAUAGUUUCAAGCGAAAAUAUAAGACAGUGCUCUUGCAAAGAGUAAUCCUUGGCUUGGAAAGGGAACAACCUUAUCAGAUUGAUAUUCUUGGUGCAAUGCAUUUAUCAAUCAGUGCAUGGAAUGAUGUUUUAGAUGAAACAAUUUCUAAAGCCUUUCGACAUGCAGGUUUUAUUAAAGAAACAGACGUAACUGAAGAAAUCCAUGACAAUAGAUCUCACGACGAAGAUGAGGUUUCUCAUGCAUGA